CCGCCGCUUCGCCCUAGCGAGAAUGGGCAGAGAAAGUGUCCUAGAGCAAAGUCAAAACGGAAAUCUCUGUGGCGUUCGAGCAAGGCGGUGUUUGCGUUUUCCUGUGACACGAGAAGCGAAAGUUAAUCCUCAGCUGGUGCUUUCUCUUACUCAAGACGACGUUCGACAUCUUUCAACUCUAACCUAGAAGACGACAGCACGGGGGUAUCGUAUCGCCAGUGUGUUGCUGGAAGAGUUCGUCGGGAUGGCCUCUACGCUCGACGUCAAGGGCUCACACGCCCCGGGCCGCGAUGAUGUCGAGUCGCCUGCAGGGAAGGAGGAUCUCUCCCACUCAUCACCCCUCCCAACCGACGCCGAGGAAGAAAAGGCCCUCCUCUGGAAGCAGGACAGGCGCAUCAUCCCGCUGUCGGCGGGCAUCUACUUCCUCUGCUUCCUCGACCGCUCCAACAUCGGCAACGCCAAGAUCCUCAACUCGUCGUCGGGCCACGACAUGCAGACCGAGACGGGCAUGUCGAACCGCGACUUCACCAUUGCCCUCAUGAUCUUCCUCAUCGCCUACGCCCUCUUCGAGGUGCCCUCCAACAUCUUGCUCAAGAAGCUCCGCCCCUCGCGCUGGCUCGCCUUCCUCAUGUUCUCGUGGGGCGCCGUCACCAUCGGCCUCGGCGGCGCCAACGACUUCGCGACCGUCACGGGCGUGCGCUUCCUCCUGGGCGUCUUCGAGGCCGGGUUGUUCCCGGGCCUUGUGUACUACCUCACCUUCUGGUACCGGCACGACGAGCGGAGCGUCCGGGUCGCCAUGAUCCUGGCGAGCGCGACGCUGGCGGGGGCUUUCGGCGGCGCCAUCGCCUACGGCAUCGGGCACAUGAACCAGGUGCACGGCAUGUCCGGGUGGCGCUGGCUGUUCAUCAUCGAAGGCAUCCCGUCGUGCCUGUCGGCCUUGUUCGUGUGGUUCUCCCUGCCGGACUACCCGGAGAGCGCCGGGUGGCUGACGGAGCGGGAGAAGGACCUCGCGGCGCGGCGGCUGUACAGCGAGGGUAGCAAGAGCAGCCACAAGAGCAUGUCAUGGGAGGAGGCCAAGGCGACGCUGACGGACUGGAGGCUGUACGGGCACUAUCUCGUGUACUUUGCCAUGUCGACGCCCUUCUCUUCGCUCUCGCUCUUCACGCCGUCCAUCACGUCGGGGCUGGGCUUCGUGGAUCUGCAGGCGCAGCUCAUGACGGUCCCUCCUUACGCAGCUGCAUAUGUCGUGCAAAUUAUCGUCGCCUGGUCGGCAGACCGCUUCAACGCGCGCGGCGCCCACUCGGCGGCCCUCGCGCUCGUCGGCGGCAUCGGCUUCGCCGUGUCGGCGGUGCUGCCCCCGGACGCCUACAACGCGCGGUACGGGUGCCUCAUCGUCGGGGCGUCGGGCGCUUUCGCGUGCAUCCCGCCGCUGCUCGGAUGGCUGACGUCCAACAUCUUCAGCACGGCGGCGACGGGGCUCGCGAUCGCGCUCAACGUCAGCAUCGGCGCCGGGCUCGGGCAGAUCCCGGGCGUCUGGAUCUACAAGGCCGAGGAGAAGGCGAGGGGCUACCCGACGGGCCACUGGGCGAACGCGGCGCUGCUGUUCGUCGUCGUCGUCGGGUGCGCCAGCCUGAGGGUCUAUUACGGGGUGAAGAACCGUCAGAUCCAGAGACGAGCGGAGGAGGAUGGAACGGUAGCGAGGUUGUACAAGUUGUGAGGUGGACCAUGUUGUCUAGGUGACGGGCAUUCCACCGGCCUCUUCCGUGAAAGAAGUUUCCCCCAGCAUUAAUUAACCAUGCAUAGUAGAAUGACUACUCUGUUAGUCUGUCUGUCUGUCUGUCUGUCUGGAAGGGAGAACUUUGCUUUGUUCACACCUGCGGAAUAAUACAGCAUCCAUUCAUCUCAUGCAACCUUGAUCGAUAAUGACAGUAUCUGGUCCAUCU